UCUCUGGCUAACCAUCUCCGGACCCUCUUCUGUGCUCUCUCUCCAAAGUGAAUGUGCAACUCCUGUGAUCUCUCAUCGGACCUAACUAAUAUUUUCAACGCAAUCAAUCUCCAUAGUCGAUAUCAACAUUGAUAACACUUUUUAAAUGGGAUGCAAUAUUAAUUAUUUUUCAUGUAGCAGCAAAGACGUGAAUUAGCUGCGGAGCUAGAGGUCGCUGGAGUGUUUGAAGGACCACACACGACUCGAGGGCAGUGCAAACAAGAUGUGCCUCUGAUACGAGAAAGGAUGUGCGUUGAGAAAGCCUCGGACAUGUCUGACAAGGAGUGGAGAGGCUACAGCAAACUGGAGCACCUCGUGCGGGCCCUGGUCCCCGCAGACAGGAUCACCGUCAAAAGGACAAUCUAUUUCGCGACUGCGUUGGUCGCCUUUGCCCUCGGUCUCACACUCGGAUUGGCGAUCCCGUUUUAUAUCGUCCCUGUCUUGCCGAAAAAUUCCUCUUUAACUCUGCCCGUCAUCCCGAUCCAGCGCCCUUUCGAGACGGUGAGCUUCGUGAGAGAGACGACCGUUAAGCCGCGCCCCAAGCAGAGCAAGGAAGGAUUGGUCGACGGCAUAUUUUGGGGUGAAGAGAUUGAAAAAGCCUUGCCAACGGGAUACGGGGAGCCUGAAGCGGAGAGGUGGCGCAGGUUCGUCCGGAACAACCCCGUGAUUAAAAUCGAAGAAGGAUGUGGCAGGAUGCAAAACAGAUUGCUCACCUUCGAAGACGGCACUCGAGCCUGCUGUCGCUACCGCCAAAACACGGACCAGAUCCAGGGGGAACUUUUCAGCUUUUAUCUGGGGAGACUUUUAGGACUGAACAAUUUGGCGCCUUCCGCUCUCGGAGUGGUGCAGAGCAGGGAUCCCGUCUGGUCCAAAGUGAGAGCGCAGAUCUCCUUAGCACAAUGGUCCGAAGAAAAGCCUGUCGUCCUGACUAAGUUCAUAGACGAUCUGCAGCCAGCUCUAAUCCCGAGGUCGCUCCGCACCCAUGACAGAAAGUUGCACCCUCAGGACGUCACCUCGGACAGGAAUAAAUCCGUCGAAUUGGCCCAGUGGUCCGAUUUGAUAAUUUUCGACUACCUCACCGCAAAUCUUGACCGGGUGGUCAAUAACCUGUACAACUUGCAAUGGAACCCAGGCAUGAUGGACGCUCCGGCCCAUAACCUGGCCAGGCAUUCCAGGUCGAACCUACUCGUCUUUUUCGACAACGAGAGCGGACUCCUCCACGGUUACAGACUUCUCGACAAGUACGAGUCUUACCACAGCGUCCUGCUCAACGCUCUCUGCGUCUUCCGCCGGUCGACCGUCGACGCCGUCGAGAGGCUGCGACACGACAAGGAUCUAGGCAGACGGCUCGAUGAAUGGCUCGCUUCUGAAAGGGAUCUCGUCCCCGGACUACCCGACAGGAGUCUCAAGAUCCUCAAAGACCGUCUCAACAGAGUGCACGACCAAGUGGAAUGGUGUAGAAAACAGUAUUUGUGAGGCGAUCUCUUCCGCCGAGUUCGGUUCAAUUCGUUAUAAUCCCUUUUUUACUUUAAAAACUUAAACUUUAGCGUUGCUCUUUUGUUUAAAGCAAUCCUUGCUCUUGGGUACAUAUCCUCCAAAACGCUUGUCAUAAAAUUCAUGAUCCCAAACGGUCGAAUACCUAGAGAAAACUGUUAUUUUUAGGCCGCAUCUGGUAAGCUAAUUAUAUACCAUAAAGAUGUGGCUCGGCAUAGAAGUGUUGUUCGUUUUAAACAGGCAGUUCAACAAAAACUCCUAACAUAAGGGGCCUGAAAACUCAAGAAAUGAAAUAGAAUCAAAAGUGAUAAAUCAAAAAUAUAACGCACAAUGAAUAAACUAUGUUAAGCCAAUAAAGCUAAAUUUUCAUAUUUUUGUAAUUAUAAAUUAUUUGAGGUUAUCUAGUAAAGGGGAUAAAAAAUUAGACAUGGAGACAUAAUUAUGCAACUCGUUAUCUUGCAAUCGAUACAAAGACUGUAAAACGUAGUCUCCUAGUUUCUUGUAGUAUUGUUAAUAUGUACUUUAUACUUCAGGUUCCGUGAUUAAUUGGGAUUUUCGUUGGACUCGUUUCGCGUCGGCCGGCUGACAGUUCACACCUUCCGCGAUGCAGGUGUGCGGAGCAGGCUCGUAGAAAGCGAUCCUUUUUUGGGUAUGAAACAACCGAACCGGGUUCACUUGACAAGUGCUCGAAGGCGGAUUGUACCCAGAGUCCUUCCGGUUUCGGAAGCGGAGCCGAGCCGACGAAAAGGAAGCCGGUCGACCUCACCGCUAAACCAAAGAAAGCGAAUGUCGAUAUUUCGUGCGUGCGAGUGAGUGCGUGUUAGUGUGUAAGUCCCAAGCAUUAACAUUAUUUAUUGCUGACAGAGUGGAGUCUACUCGUUGGGAAAAAACUCACUCCUCCCAUCCGCGUCUCGCUUCUUUCCAAAGACAUCCUCACCCUCUUCCCGACGGCUUCUUUCUGAACCCUUCCCCUGCCCCGAUCAGUAGCGUUCCAAGACGAAUUCUUCACCGGUCCUCGCCCCGUCACCUUUACUCUCUUUCCUAUACGUCCUCUUAAGCUCUUAAAACCGACUAACACCAUUCUCCCAACCCCAACCCCUUCUUUAUUUAUUACAACUGUGAAAAUUAUUAUAGAUGAAAUUUUUUUUACGAAACGUUUCGAGACUAGUCCAAACAUUUUUUAAAAGACUCUGCGUUGUAAAUAUUUGUGCGAUUGUAGCUAAACGAUUAUCUUAAGCUCUUUUUAAAAAAAAUUGUAAUAUUUCAAUGUAUCAUAGAUAUUGUAAAUUUCAAAGAUAAACAUAUUAUAUAUAU